AUGGCCAACGGUGCAAUCGGCGGACUGGGCGCUGCCGCCCACUCGCCCAACUCGCCCACCAGUCAGCAGAACUCGGCGGCGGCAGCGGCUGCGGCGGCCGCCGUCUACGGGAGCCACCCAGCGGCGGCCAUGUUCAUGCUGCCCACGCUGAACUUCACCGUGACCCAGGUGGCGGCCGUCUGUGAGACGCUGGAGGAGAGCGGCGACAUUGAGCGACUGGGCCGCUUUCUCUGGUCAUUGCCGGUGGCGCAUCCGAACUGUGCUGAGCUGAACAAAAACGAGUCGGUCCUGCGCGCCCGGGGACUGGUCGCCUUUCACACUGGCAACUUUCGCGAGCUGUACCACAUUCUGGAGCAUCACCGCUUCACAAAGAGUUCGCACUCCAAACUGCAGGCCAUGUGGCUGGAGGCACACUACCAGGAGGCAGAGAAGCUUCGCGGCAGACCGCUCGGUCCGGUGGACAAGUACCGCGUGCGGAAGAAGUACCCACUGCCGCGUACCAUUUGGGACGGCGAACAGAAGACGCACUGCUUCAAAGAGCGCACUCGAUCUCUCCUCCGUGAAUGGUACCUCCAAGAUCCAUAUCCUAACCCUACUAAAAAGCGCGAACUCGCACAGGCCACCGGUCUCACGCCCACACAAGUUGGUAAUUGGUUCAAGAAUCGCCGUCAACGUGAUAGAGCAGCCGCCGCCAAGAACAGGUAG